UUGAAAGAAAUUCAGAUUCUCUCUUCCUCCUGGCCUUAUCCCAGACUGAGUUCCAAUGGAAUCGGAAAUUAUCACCACAUCUUUCUCUUUUCCCGUUAACAGGUGACCUAGGUGACAAUAGAACUGCUUCCAGGUCUGUGUGGAAGUGAAUCUGAUUAGCAUCUGUAUGCAGGUAAAGCCAUUGAGCACCAAUGAAACUUUAGGUACAGUCACAACUGGGACUUAGACCUACAUUACUGGAAUGCUAACAUAUGACUGAAAGCCUCACAUCUGGAAGGUGAAGUGCGGAGUGAACACCCCCACCCCAUCCCAGCAACACUGAGAAUGUAAAUCGGGGGCUAUAUUUAAAGCGUGCAACCAAGUCUCAGAGGCCCUCACCUCCUUCACCCACCAGCCUGACCAAGGGUGGAUGUCAAGGGAAAUCUCUCCCACCGCUCAUUCUGUGGACGAUGAUGGUAGCAGUAAGCACAAACCCGGAUGAGGAGAGACACAAACAAUGGAGGCACCAACACCAGAGCCUGUGUAUGUUGAUGUGGACAAAGGACUAACGUUAGCAUGUUUCGUCUUCCUUUGCCUUUUCUUGAUUGUGAUGAUUAUUCGCUGUGCAAAAGUCAUCAUGGACCCUUACAGUGCCAUCCCAACUUCCACGUGGGAGGAGCAGCACCUGGAUGACUGAAAGGGACACUGCGGGAAGCUUUCACAGCACAACCUGGAAGGCCUUUUCAUUCAGAGAAGGUGAAUGUAUAUUAAACCGAGAUACAGAGGGGUGCAAAUACAGCAUAUUGGUUAAAUUUUCUUGCAUAGCAGGUUGUAGACAUCAUGGUGUCCCUAUCUGAUGGUACAGCCUAUUUCUGUUAUAACCUUCACAUAUUAACAAGAGAAAUUAUGAUUGUAACUUGAAUAGCACAAAAGCUUUCUAGGCAAUAAGGCUCCCUUAAAGCUUCUAAUAUAAACCUCAACCUGGCAUUCUUUUUCCUUAAGGAAUAUUGUCUAUAUUGUUUCCAAUAAAUAAGGGGAUGGAUAGCUAUCAGUACUUGGAAAAGCAAUAAGGGCAUUUGAUCUUUCUUUGACAACAGGUUGCUUACAAUAUGUUUGUCAGUUAUUUUUGUGUGGUUCUUAAGGCUAUGAAAAUGCCACACCUUAUAGGUGUGCAACGUCUAAGGCUAUGAAAAAUGCCACACCUUAUUGGUGUGCAAAGUCUCCUGGGAAUUUCUGCCCCUGGGAUGGCAGUGAAUGUAAGUACUAAAAAGGCACAUAUGGUGGAGUAGAGAGGUGUGCACAAACUUAUUCUUGGCUAACUGAGUUCUAGGCACACGCUUUCCCCUGCAGUAUUUUGGAAAUGUACUUCCAAGGGUCAGGAUUAUGAAAUACACAAAACUUGUGAUGAUUUUCAAAUGAGCAGAUGUACAAUUGCUCCCCUCUUUUAUUUACAGUUAAGAGUCAGCCUUGCUCCUACCCAUCUGGGUUGCACAAGAUUAAAGGAAAAGGCAAGAGAAGAAGAGACGUAACUCAGAACUAGCUACUCUAGAUAAGAUGGGGUUAUAUUUUUCUAAUGGUCAGUAAGAAAGAAGAGUAUUUAGCAACAACUUAUAACAUGCAUUCUGCUGUGGCGAAAUUAAGUACCUUUAAUAGAAGGACUUUUCACAACAUUGUAAUAUAAAUAUCUUCCCAAUUUCCCCCCUUAACCAUUCACUAAUUAUUGCAGAUAAGGAGGAGAAAGGGAUUCAAAGAGCAUCCAGACUAUAUUGUGCAGCUUUGAGGUUUGGAGGGAAAGGAAUUCCCUCUGAAAAAUAAAUCCCAGGUUCUUUAUUCCCUGAAGACUUUCAAUCCUGUCUCUGUUGCAAAAAUUCACCCACAGCUGCCUUCCUGAAGUGACGACAGGUUUUGCUCAAGGAAGUCCAAGGAACUGCUGGAGUAAUAAGGCGUUUACCCUACAAGAGUCAUGCUGCAGAUGCUAGGUUUCAACUAGAGCUGUCAUGGGUGCAUCCGUGAGGAACCAGUUUCCACCAAACUUGGAGGUAUCCAGCUACCCACACACAGAGGGGGGUAUUUAGCUAUUUGCCCCCUAUAUUUCCAACUCCGUUACCAUGCUGCUAGAUGCCUUUCCCUGAUAAGGUUGUGGUAGGGUGCAUUGUAUAGGAAGGGGAUAUCCAAUGGUUGGAGCAAGGAAUUAGGAAUCAAGGUUCCUUGGUUUCUAGUCUCAGCUCUGUCGCAGAUGUGUUACAUGACUAGACAAAUUGCUUCAUUUCUCUAUGCCUCACUUUACUCCUCUGUAAACUGAGCCACAGUAAUAUUUGCCUGCCUCCCACUGUGCUCUGAAGCUUAAUCAAGAUCAGCAAAGCACUUGGAGAGCCGUAAAUAAGAAGCACUACAUAGAGAUACAAAGUAUUGUGAAGUUGGAAUAAAGGCAGUGGUGGAGACUCAUUAUAGGGUAGGUUAAAUUCCCCCCAUUUCAGAGGAACCCCAUAAGGUGCUCUGCACCAUUUAGCCCCUGCCUUAAGGACCAGAUUCUGCUGUUCUUACUCCUGGUUGUUAGCACCUUGCUCCAUUAAUCAUCCCAUUGGUUUCAGAGGGAUUCUUUGUGGAGUAAGAUGCUAUUCCACAUGAUUAAGGGCAUCCAAAUCUGGCUCUAAGAGGUGUGGAGAGCAUUGUGCAGAACUUCUGCACAGAGAUGAAUUUCACCCUCAGUUCAUUUCUGGUGUUCGUUUGGGAGAAAGGAGUUUACUAUAAAUGCUAGGACCUACCUGGAUAGUGCAGCUCUCUGCCCAGCUACCUGACCUGGUUGAAUUACCCAUUGCCAGUAAUUUAGCUGACAAGUUAGCUCUUGUUUCUGUUGGCCAGUUAUCCUCAAACUGGUUGUGGAUUUUUACAAUGGGAACGUUAUUCAACAUAGUGUGUGCAAACAAAUGGUCGUCUAUUUUGUUCCUGGCUAGGGCACUAUGAGUAUCUCUUUACACUAUAUGAAUUAUUGCCUAGGUCACAUGGUAUUGUUUCUGCUCCCUGACUGGGUGGCUCAAUUUCGUCAGCUGUAGUCACGUUGAAUAGUAUCUUACAUUGAGUUUACUGGGAUUACUUGCAGAGUCCAACAGGAGUAAGGGGAACAGAAUCAGUCCCAGGAUUGGCAAGAGUCACUUUUUUGUUCGCGAGUUAUCUGCGCGCAUAACUGCUCGGCCAAUCGACAGUGCAAAUGAGGCUUGUGAUAGCCAUUUUCAGCGUGAACACAGUAGUGAAUGUUUAUCUGCACCCAUGACACUUCGGCUUACUGUAGGGUCAUCAAUAGGACCCCAAUCCAGCAAAACACGUAACCACCUUAGAGUUGCUGUUUGGGAAUUCAAUACAAGGGAAGCUACCAAUGGAUAUUUUUAUUUUCUACUAAUAAUGCAUUUCUGUUUCAGCUGUAACCUCUCUUGAUUCAUCCUUCUGUUGGUAAAAGGAGAAUUCCUCACGCUCCUUAGGAUUUCCAUAAGCAUCUACCCAGUCAUCUAAGACCUUUCCAUUUGAAGUUCAUAUCUACACAUGGCUAUUUCAUUUCUUCAUUGACCAUGCAAACAAGACCUGAUUUCUGCAUCCCAGUCUGCUGCCACCUCACUCGCAUAACCCCCCAGGUUUCUUUGGGGCUAUCAGUAAAAGGCAAUGUUAACUUCUGUGCCAAAAGCAAAAACACUCCAUAUUUCUUGCUUUCUGAGUGUCCACUUGGCAAUUUCUCUCCUGUCCUUUAAUCAGCACCCAUUACUCUAUUGCACACAUAAUCCUGAUCCUGCAAUCCCAACAUCAUGGAACUUCCCUGAAGUCAAUGGAAGUUUUGUGUUAGAAACAGCUGCAGCGUUGAGCAUAGAUAACAAUUUAAACUGCAUGUAACAAGUGCCUCGGCUACUUCAUUGUAUUUUAAAUAAUUAUUCUCUACUUACAAUCAGAAAACCUACUCAUCUUGUAGUGAAUGUGUUUAUCUAAUACAAUA